CGCCUGCAGCAGCUCGGGCAGCGGAGCAGAUUGUUUUCUUAAAGCCCGAAAAUGGUGAAAUCGGGGAAACUUCGGUCCGGAGCGGGCUCGAAACUGAAGCGGUGGAAGAAGGGACACAGCAGCGACUCCAACCCGGAGACCAGUCGCUUCCGGCAGGCUGCUAAGAGCCGCUUCUUCAGCCGACCCACCGAAAAGAGUGAUCUAACAGUCGAUGCCCUCAAGCUUCACAAUGACCUGCAGACAGGUCCUCUGGAGCUCAGUGCAGGCCGCCACAAAGACCCCUUCAUGGAAGAGGAGCCGGAGGAGGCGUUUUCAGAAAGAACCUCGGGCACCUUCCUCAGCGGCCUGUCGGACUGCUCCAACCUGACCUUCAGAAAGGUGCAGCGCUACUGGGAGUCCAACUCAGCAGCUCACAAAGAGAUUUGUGCAGUAUUGGCAGCUGUUACCGAAGUGAUCCGUAGUCAAGGAGGGAAAGAGACUGAAACCGAGUACUUUGCUGCUUUGAUGACCACCCUGGAGGUUGUGGAUUCGCCAGAGUCCCAGGCUGCAGUGGCGUACCUCCUCAACCUCGUCAUGAAACGGGUUCCUACUCCGGUGCUCAUCUCCAAGUUCUCGGACACCACCAAGGCUCUGAUGGACGUCAUGACUAAACAGGCCACGUGUGAGAUGGGCUCGGCUCUCAGAUGGAUCCUGUCAUGCUUGGCCACUCUGUUACGGAAGCAGGAUGCGUCUGUGUGGACUUAUCCGUCCACGCUACAGGUUUACCACGGCCUGCUCAGCUUCACAGUGCACAGCAAACCUAAGGUGCGUAAAUCCGCACAGCAGGGGGUUUGCUCCAUCAUCAGAGGAAGUGAUUUCCUGUUCACAGAGAACGCCCCCGCCCACCACCCUGCUGCAGUGACCACCGCCAAGUUCUGCAUGAAAGAGAUGGAGCAGGCAGGAGGCAGCAAAGAGGACACCACCACACUUCACGUGCUGGGUCUUCUGAAGGAGCUGAUGGGGACGUUUCCUCAGGGAGCCGUCAAGUCCUGUUGUGAGACGCUGCUGCGAGUGAUGACUCUCGGCCAUGUGCUGGUGACUGCGAGUGCCAUGCAGGCUUUCCAUAAGCUGUUCAGCGGGAAGCCGAACACUUUAUCCCUCUCGCCGGAACUCAACGCUCAGAUCAUCACGGCUCUGUACGACUACCUGCCCAGUGAGAACGAGCUGCAGCCUCUGCUCGCCUGGCUCGCCGUCAUGGAGAAAGCACACAUUCACUUGGCAAGCUUGCAGAGUUCUCUGAGUUUCGGUCACCUCCCUCGCCUGUUCUCCGCGGCCAUGUCCUGUUUCUUAUCGCCUCACACGCAGGUGGCUGCUGCCGCCGCCAACACACUUAAGACUCUGUUGACUGAAUGUGUUGGCCCUUUCUUGGAUGGAAUCGGCCCCAUCAGUGCCACAGCCUCUGCAGGAAAUCCCUCUUAUAUCUGCAAAAUGUUUCGUAUCGUAGAGGAAGGAUUGUCUUAUCGCUUCCAUGCCUCCUGGCCAUUUGUGCUUCAGACCCUGGGCUGCUUCUAUCGGGUUGCUGGGAAACAAUCUCACCCAGUCAUGGCCAAGUCCCUGCAGUCCCUGGCCGACCUGCGCUCCACUCCUCAGUUCUCCUUCAGAGGAGAGUUGGACCUGGCUAUAGGAGGCGCUGUGGAGAGCAUGGGACCUGAAGUGGUGCUUGGUGCUGUGCCUCUCAACAUCACCGGCUUCAACGAUGACCUGGAGUUCCCACGAAGUUGGCUGGUCCCGGUCUUACGGGAUCACGUGAAGAACACUCACCUUGGGUUCUUCAAUUCUUACUUCCUCCCUCUGGCGUCUACACUCAAACAGAGAGCUGACGAGUUGGAGCAGGCAGGACAGAAACUAGAGGCCAGAGUUUACCAGACUUUACAGCUUCAGAUCUGGACCAUGCUCCCUGGCUUCUGCACGUGUCCCGUGGAUCUGCUGGUGUCUUUCAAAGGCCUCGCCCGCACAAUUGGUGUAGCCAUUAAUGAACAGCCAGACCUGAGACUCACAGUGUGCCAGGCUCUGCGCACCAUCAUCAACAAGAGCUGCUCCACAGAAGAGGAGAAGACUGAAGUGGGCCGCUUCUCUAAGAACUUCCUGCCCAUCCUCUUCAACGUGUACGGCCAGCAGCCGGCAGCCGGAGAGUCCGGCACCUACAGGAUGGCCGUGCUGGACACCAUCAAAGUUUACCUGACCGUCACCGAAAUAGACAUGACCUGCACUUUCCUGCAAAAAGCCACUGACAGGCUGAGCAGCACCGAGACCAACGAGUUCACACGGCUGUCCAUGAUGGAUCUUAUAGUUGCCAUGGCUCCUUUUGUAGAUGAGGUCACGAUGACUAAAACCUUUGAUCUGAUUCGGCCAUAUCUGGAGACCAAAGACCAGGGCAUGCAGAAGAAGGCGUACCGAGUGCUAGAGGAGAUUUGCGGUGGAGAGCGAGACGAGUGCAGGUCGUUUGUUUUGGCAAAUUUGGAAACUCUCAAAGUCGUCCUGCUCGAGACUCUGAAGAACGCCUCGUCGCCAGCAAAGAGGCCGAGACUCAAGUGUCUGGGCCACAUCGUGAAGAGGCUCAGCGAAGAGCACACAGACUUCAUCGCCCAACUGCUGCCAGAGGUGAUUAUAUGUACGAAGGAAGUUUCUGUUGGAGCUCGUAAGAACGCCUUCAACCUGCUGGUGGAAAUUGGAAAUGCUUUUGUCCGCUUCUGUGGUAACACAAAAGAUGCCAUGGAGCAGUAUCUGGUAUUGGUGUACGCAGGAUUCUCAGGCUCCGUCACCAUGAUCACCUGCACAGUGUUGGCACUCACUCGAUUAGUGUUCCAGUAUAAAGACUCCAUUGAGGUGUCAGUCAUGGAGCAGCUGCUGCAAAACAUUUGUCUGCUGCUCUCGUCUCGCACGAGAGAGAUCGUCAAAGCAGCCUUAGGCUUCAUCAAGGUCAUCCUCUUCAUCAUGGACCCUAAGACGCUGGCUUCACACGCCACUGCCAUGAUGGAGGGCAUCGGCAAAAUUCAUGACGACGUGAGGAGACACUUCAGAACAAAACUGAAGAACAUCUUCACCAAGUUCAUCAGGAAGUUUGGUUUUGAGAUGGUGAAGAGCAUGCUGCCUGCAGAACACCACAAGGUGCUGAUAAACAUCCGCAAGGCAGAUUCUCGCACCAAGAGACGGAAACAAGCCAGUGAGGCGCAGGACGACUCCGAGAGCGAAGAGGAGGGACCAACAACAAGGAGCGAAAGUAUUGAGGACAUCCUCGCAAUGUCGGAUAGCGAUUUGUCAGAGGACGAAGGAAAGGCUAAGAAGAAACCAGGCAAACGGCAGAAAGGACGGGCCUGGCUCAAAGAAGGAGAGGAAGAUGAACCUCUCAACUUCCUGGACCCGAAGGUUUCCCAGCGAGUGUUAGCCACCAACCCAGCGCGGAAAAAGAGCGCCAAGGUCGACCAUGGCUUUAAAGUGACUUCAGAUGGACGGCUGGUCAUUAAAGAGGAUGAAGAGGAAGAUGAUAAAGAUGAGGGAGAGAUGAAAGAUAUUCUGGAAGAGGCUGGAGUCAAGAGUAAAAAGUUACAGAAAAGGAAGAUUCAAGAUGACGAUGACAUGGACAUCGAACCCCAGAUGAAAUAUAAAGCGGGAGGUUCAGGUAUCCACAGACCCCUUGGAGGCAGACCAGACUUUGGAGAUGAUUACAAAUCAAAGAAAGGAAAAGGAGACGUGAAGAAAGAAGGAAAACAUGAUCCUUAUGCUUACAUCCCUCUGAAGAAAGCUCAGCUCAAUCGCAGGAAGCGAGCCAAAAUACAGGGCCAGUUCAAGGGCAUGGUCAAAGGAGCCCAAAAGGGGGCACUGUCUGGAAAGAAAAUGCAGAAGAAAAAGAGGAAAGCCUGAGGGGCACAUCUUAUAUAAAUCCAAUGGACUCUAAAUGUGUUUGUGUGUUUGCUUGUUCAUACACUCAUACUGAAAUGUGAACAUACACCUCAGACGUGUGUGUGUCUGUGUGUUUCUGUCAUGGAAAGUGAAACCAGUUUGUUUUUAAACUGUUGACGUCCUGCAGUGAGUAAGUAAACAAACAAACAAAUAUCAUGUUGAAUGUGCUGUCCCUGACUCGAUUGAUAUUGACUGAUCAAACGGAAAAUCAUUUGAUUGUCAAAUAAACCCCUCAGACAAAUGAACCUAUUAAAUACUGUUUGUGAAAAGUAA